CGCCACUAGCCACGUCCCAGCUGCCGGGAUGGAUACUGCGCUCCCCGCCCAGCCCAGAGGCCCGCUGGGCUGGGCGGGGAGGCAACAGUGACACUGCGUUGCCCCGCUGCUGACGCGGGGAACUACAUAUCCCAGGGCACCCCGAGCUGCCCCUUUGUGGCUUCUCGGCAGGACGGCUAGCGAGACUUAGUGAGCCGACGGGCCGGAGGCCGACCCUGGGGAGGGCAAGGAUGCCGUCGGCAGUGGGCAGAGGCCUGGCAGGUUUCGAGCUACGUCCCCGCAAGGGCCGAUGUGGGCCGCAGGCUGCUAUAGCCGCGGGUCCGGAAGGGGCCGCCGAGGCUGCAGCGAGGAGCCCAAGACAUCCUGCUGGGGGCUCGCGGCGCUUCGAGACGGCCUGCCGGUGGGCCCUGCUGGCCCUGGUGACGCUGCUGUCCUUCGCCACCCGCUUCUACCGCCUAGACCAGCCGCCGCACGUCUGUUGGGAUGAGACUCACUUUGGAAAAAUGGGAAGUUACUAUAUCAACCGCACCUUCUUCUUCGACGUGCACCCGCCGCUGGGAAAGAUGCUGAUAGGCCUUGCUGGCUACCUAAGUGGAUAUGAUGGCACCUUUAUGUUCCAGAAGCCUGGGGACAAGUAUGAGCAUCACAGCUACGUGGGAAUGAGAGGAUUCUGCGCCUUCCUUGGUUCCUUGCUGAUCCCCUUGGCCUACCUCACUGUCCUGGAGCUGUCCCGGUCCCUGCCGGCAGCGCUGCUCACUGCUGCCCUCCUCACCUUCGACACAGGAUGCCUCACUCUGUCCCAGUACAUCCUCCUUGACCCCAUCUUGAUGUUCUUCAUCAUGGCUGCCAUGCUGAGCAUGGUCAAGUACAACUCCUGUGCUGCCAGGCCCUUCUCUGCCCCCUGGUGGUUCUGGCUCAGCCUGACUGGCAUUAAUCUGGCUGGUGCUUUAGGGGUCAAGUUUGUCGGCCUCUUUAUCAUCCUGCAAGUGGGGUGGAACACCGUAGCAGACCUCUGGCACCUGUUUGGAGACCUCAGUCUUUCACUGGUGACCGUGGGGAAGCACCUGGCAGCUCGCGCCCUGUGCCUGGUCCUGCUGCCGCUGGGUCUCUACACGGCCGUGUUCGCCGCUCACCUCCUGGUGCUGAGUAAGAGCGGUCCUGGCGACGGCUUCUUCAGCUCUGCCUUCCAGUCCCGGCUUUCAGGAAACAGCCUUCACAACGCUUCCAUCCCCGAGUACCUGGCCUACGGUUCUGUGAUCACCGUGAAGAACCUGCAGAUGGCCAUCGGCUAUCUCCACUCCCACAGGCACCUGUAUCCUGAGGGCGUUGGCGCCCGCCAGCAGCAGGUCACCACCUAUUUGCACAAGGACUACAACAACCUGUGGAUUGUCAAGAAACAUGAUACAAACUCAGAUCACCUAGACCCUUCGUUCCCAGUGGAGUUCGUACGACAUGGAGAUGUCAUUCGACUAGAGCAUAAAGAGACUUCUCGGAACCUGCACAGUCACUAUCAUGAGGCCCCCCUGACCCGGAAGCACUAUCAAGUCACUGGCUAUGGCAUAAAUGGGACAGGGGACUCGAAUGACUUCUGGCGGAUCGAGGUGAUAAACAGAAAACAUGGGAACCGGGUCAAAGUGCUGAGAAGCCGCAUUCGCUUCGUUCACCUGGUCACAGGCUGUGUCCUGGGCUCCUCGGGAAAGGCUCUGCCCAAGUGGGGCUGGGAGCAGGUGGAAGUCACUUGCAACCCGUACCUGAAGGAAACCCUCAGCUCUGUCUGGAACGUGGAGGACCACAUCAAUCCCAAACUGCCAAACAUCAGCCUGGACGUGCUGCAGCCCAGCUUCCCCGAGGUCUUGCUGGAGUCCCACAUGGUGAUGCUUCGGGGAAACAGUGGCCUCAAACCCAAGGACAAUGAAUUCACGUCCAAACCCUGGCACUGGCCUGUCAACUACCAGGGCCUGCGCUUCUCAGGGGUCAAUGACACGGACUUCCGCGUGUAUCUGCUGGGCAACCCGGUGGUGUGGUGGCUGAACCUGGUGAGCCUUGCUCUCUACCUCCUCUCAGGGAGCAUCGUCGCUGUCGCUGUGCAGAGAGGGGCGCACCUGCCUGCGGAGGUUGAAGGGCUGUCCCAGGUGCUGCUGCGAGGAGGCGGUCAGCUGCUUCUUGGCUGGGUGCUCCACUACUUCCCGUUCUUCCUGAUGGGCCGGGUCCUCUACUUCCACCACUACUUCCCCGCCAUGCUCUUCUCCAGCAUGCUGACAGCCCUUCUGUGGGACACUCUCCUGCGGCUCUGUGCCUGGAGCCUGGCCUCCUCUCCUCUGGCCGGCAGCAUCCAUGUGGUGGGAGUCCUGAGCCUGCUCCUGGGAACGGCCUACAGCUUCUACCUCUUCCACCCUCUCGCUUACGGGAUGGUCGGUCCCCUCGCCCAGGACCCCCGAAGUCCGAUGGCAGGACUGAGGUGGCUGGAAUCAUGGGACUUCUGAAACCACUGCAAGGACUCCAGCCUCAGUCCAGGAACUUCCUGGGGGACAGCCAGCUGUGGGGCCAGGCCCCGGACCCUCCAGCUGUGGCGGGAGCUGCCCGAGGAAUCCUGUUGCCUGCUAGGACCACGUUCCAGGAGCAGACCCGGACUUCACCCCAGCACUAGAGGGAGCCACGGCUCUGCCUGCAGGUUCCAUCAGUGGCGCUGGCUCAGCCCCCGAGGACAGGACAGCUCCGCUCAGAUGCCUUCCCCAGCACGCGCUGCCUGAGGAAGGAUGAGUGUGCGAGAGAGCGGGUGGGAGUGUGAGGGCACAUUCAUCCACACACCUGUGGAACAUAGACUGUGACUGGACAGCUGAGUGUCACACACUCUAAGAAAUGGUCCAAGGUGACAGUUGUAUCUUCUGGUAUCUUUUUCACACUGAAUUCGGUUUGCAAGUAAGGCCCAGCAGCAAUCCCUGGACCUCCAAGAGGGCUGAGGGCACUGACCCCGCCUUGAGCCGUCAGCAUGGGCGGAGCAGCUGGGGUGGGCGGAGCUGUGCUGGUGGGGUGGGCGGAGCUGUGCUAGUGGGGUGGGCGGAGCUGUGCUGCUCCCCUCCUCACAAACGAGCACUGAGCGCCCCGAGUGGGGUGGAGGGUGGCCUCACUGCAACGUCCCCGUGUGGCUGCCGCCAGGAAGUCUGCGUGGCAGCCGGUGACCGGACUGCAGUGUGCACAGGGGACCGGGCUCCCGCACGAGGCAGCCGAGGACCCACCAGCCCUUGGCUGGCCCUGUUGGCCCUUGGCUCCUCGCUCUCUGAGACUGUCACACGAUGAGAUUGGCAGGAGGAAGGGCGUGCUGGGUGCCAGAGGUGGUUUCUCACUCCCCACGCUUUCUUUUUGUAUCCAGCAUGGCUGUGACGACAUGACAGAUGUGUUCUCCCAGUGGCUGGCGCACCCUUGGGCCCCUAGCUGGGCAGCCGAGGUGGAUGUGUGGCAGAGCAGGGGCCUGUGUGGCACCAGUGUCACUCACUGUGUGUCCCCUAUUUUUACUUUUCAAGUCCUCCCCUGCCGACACCCCCUUUUACUCCCCUUCAUUCCCCUUCCUCUGUGUCAUGGUCUCACUAGUCUCUUUCUCCCUGAAGACCCCAAGCACCUAGAAGCGCACUGACACCUCUCCUGUCACUCUGAAGCCCAGGCAGGAGGCUCAGAGCUGUUCCUUUCACUUCCUCCCCAGAUGAAAAGGAUUAAGAAAACCCUUAGGUCACAACAGAACCAACUCAAGGCCAGCCCUUCCGCCUACCACCCCGCCCCCCAGGGCAUGACGGCAUAUUUAUUUGGUCUCAGAGGACCGUGAUGCUUCGAGGUUAAUGCUGAGUCCCUGCCACACUCCAUCUUCUCUCCUCUGUAGCCUCUGUCAACUCUGACAGGGUCACAGCUCUUUAGAGCUUCGUCAGAGGCGGUUGCCAUGGAGACUGGAAACUGGUCCUGGGGACAGGCUGUGCUUCCUACUGGGUGAUGGGGAGGGAAGCUUCUGGCCAUACGUGGACGUUCAGAGCAUCAUUAAAGUUAAUAGAGGAAAUACACCAAUAUCAAAAGCAAGGCACGUUUGGUAAUUAGAUCUGGGGCCUGAUGACCUCCCUCUCCCAGGGCUGCCGCCCUUCUGACUUCCCCAGCAGGAAGCGCUGCCUCCUGUGUGCUGAGUCUGGACUGCUUGCUUAAUUGCGUGUCCGGAAGCCAAGGAGACCAGGGAUGGAGAAACCGCUGCUCACCCCUUCCACACUGGCCCUGCCCUCCCCUCCUUCCUGUAGGUGGGGUUGGUUUCUUCUGAGCUGGGUGGGGGCAGCCACCUGGUGCACUCCUGGAGGUAGAGCACAGGAAUCCGAGCUUGGCCCUGAGCAAAGAACAGUGGCAUACAGUGACAACCAGGAGGUGGCUGAUGUCCCUUGUGCCUUGUAUUUCCUAAUAGGAAUUCUUGGGAAGAGAGGGGUUCCGAAGGAGCCAGAGGGGUAGCCACUCUGAGUGUGGGUGUGGAAGGCGGGUCUCGGGCAGCUUCCUGCCCAUCUCCCAUGCAAAUUUGGCCACACUGGGGACAAAGGGUUCCUCUGUCUCUUGCACUGCUUUCCAAGGAUGGGGGAAAGACAGUUGUCUGCUUACUCCCUCUCCUUGCCCAGACUGGCAGCUCCUUCUCUGGGGACAAGGCCACGUGGUUUGCUGCAGCUCCAAGCACUGAGGUUCUCCUGUUGGAAGAUGCUGGGAAGAGGGGCUGUGAGGGUGGUGCUCUGUGGCCUCCAGCCCCCGUCCCCACCCCAAAUUGGCAGAAAUAGACACGUCCUACAAACUCGCUGGUGGAGGAAGAACACAUUUGUUGGUCAGCCCACCCUCCAGCCAACUUCUUGAGCCACAAUUUAUAUUUUUUAAAAAAAGUUUCCACGGAGAAUCAGAGGCCAUUUACUUUUGUAAUAAAUAGCUCUCACGUUGAA